GAUAUAAGCGGCGUCCCGUCGCCGACCGCCGCUAGUGAAGGCUCGACGCUGAAUCGGUCCGGUGACUCCGACAGGCCGACUCGGAGCAGACACACCGCCGACGGGGGUCGGACGGCACCAGAAUCGGUCAACGGUCGCACACAAAGCUGGUCUGCCUCUCCGGACAACCGGCCAUCUAGACAGAACCAUGAGGCCCGCACAGACGUUCGUCGCUCUGCUCAUCAUCGCAGUGGCCGUCACAACAGGUUCGCCCCGUGUGCGCUACAGACGGGACAUCUCUGACGAGCUGCGUGAGAUGCUGAACAAGCCGUACAGUGGCCGGCUGCCGGACAGUCUGGAGCCGCUGAUGAGGGACUCGACGGUCAGGAGGCAGCGCAACCCCGGUCAGUUCCUCGGCGUGAACCCGUCACCACAGGACGUGCUCAGAGGACCGCAACCACAGCAGUCGCAGCAGAGGCAGCAGCAGAGGCAGCCUCAGCAGCAGCAGCAGCAGCAGCAGCAGCAGCGCCAGCCGUCGCAGCAGGAGCAGCAGUCACAGCAGCAGUUCUUCCAGCCCCCGUUUUCCUCGAUCCCCCAGCAGCGGUUCCAGCAGACCUCUCCCCAGUCGUUCCAGCAGAGCUCCCCAUCGUUCGAGCAGUCGUUCCGCCCGUCGUUCCCGGCCCAGCAGCGGUUCCCUUCGGACGGGCAGGAGCUCCGUGGCGAGUUUAGCCGUCCGGCCCGUUUUGCGCCGGCCCCGUCUGCCCGUCGGCCGGACGAGGGACGGUUCAUCGGCCACGGCACCUUCCCCGGAAAGGGACAGCAGCGCAGCCGACGGGAGGUGAGCGCCGCAGUGGAGGGAGCCCAGCCCCGCGGCAGCCCGGCACGUUUCAGCGGCUCCCAGAUCGCCUCAAGACGCAGCUAACUUCUGUACAUUCUCCUAAACGAUAUUUUGUCAUACAGGCUCGGACUGGUUCGGACGAUGGGGGAACGGACCCACACUCCAUCCCACGGAGGCGGAGGCGGAGGCGGCGUAGCAUCAGCUCGAGCGGGUUCGUGCCGUCCACCUGGCCUCUACGGUUUGUCGGGGAGGCCCCGGCACCGACCGGGGUCAGGUCAACGCCACCGCCGCACGAAGAUCGACUGGCUGGGAGGGACGAGGUGCUUCAGCUCAGGAACUUGGUACAGCACGAGUGGGAACUCAUUAAUGAUCGGCUCAGGGCGAUCCAGGAUCGCGAAAAGCUGGAUGAUCGCUUCCGUGGACAGCAGCCUCCCAGUCAGUCUCAACCUGAGCAUUCGGAUCACCGCAAAAAGCACACAAAUCAUGUUUUAGGAGUAACGGAACAAGAGAAGGAGCGACGUAAGCUGGAAAGGCAGCGCCACAGACAUCAGGAUUUUCAUCCAAGUCAGCCGCUGCACGGGGAUUUUAAUCACAACGAACAUUUAUCCGAUCAUGAAAGAUUCCACGACCACGGGGAGUUCACUGAUCGACCGGGGCACAUUGUUUCAACUCCACACCACUCUACGGAUCCCAGACCCACUCUUCAUCGUCACCACCCCCUCCCUCUCUCCCCUUCCGACGGUCCUCACUCUGACUCUCCACGGGAGCCGCUGGACGGCGUAGUGUACCGACCUGCCGUCCGCGAUGGCUCAUCCCCCUCCGAGCGGCUGCCAAAGGCGGUGCCACUCGCUCCAGUUCGUCAGCAAACCCUACAGGCCAGUUCACAUUCCGACGGAGAACACCACCAGCAGGACAUCCUCGGCUCUGGAAACUACAUCAUCCUACGGGGAGGAAUGUUUUCAGACAGUGUGAGCUCUCUUCACGCGCAGUCGGACAGCCCAGAGGAGUACCAUCCGCACAACGGACCCCGACCCGGAAACUUCGAAAAUUUCAGAGAUUUCGCAGAGUUCGCACAUGGGUCUCGACUCUCGUACAGCGUGGUGCGUCCGUCCUCCCCUGCCCCCGCCCCUGCUUCUACUCCCGCCGUGAGCAGAAACAACAUCCAGGAUCUUCUGACCGGAGGUUCUGAUCCCGUCGGUCGCAGCAGUCCCUCGAACCUCGCGGCAGAUGAGGGAGUUGGGGACGAUGGGGACGGGGCGCGAAGGGACGAUGACGAGGACCCCAUGAUAGCCACGUUUUGAAGAGGUUUACAGCAUAUUCAGCGCAGUUAUUUGUUAGAUGUUUUUGCUGUUAAUAGUUCAACACUGUUGUUUUUACGGGUCGGGUUGUUCACACCUGCAAGCGUUAUACUACCCACCCACAUUGUCUCAAACAAUGACGAAACCACCACUGAGACAAUAGCCUCACUGGAGUAAUGAGCGACCGAAAUGAAACCGCUCAGCGACGCACGGGGCCGGGACGUCUGCUCUCUAUACUGUUGGCCAUGCUUUCUCUCGUCUUCCGCCUGCGCUGUGCCCUUUUACACAAACCGUCACUCCGUGCUGCCUGCUCCUCUGCACCCCUCCCUGCUUCCCGGGCUGGCGAGCUGGCGAUAAAGAGAAACUGCUGCCCUAAUUGGUGAUAAACCCCGUCACGGAACGAUUACAUGUCACGGCUGGCAACCCCCUCGUGACCUGGAUUCGUUACUUUUGCGUGGAUUGUGUUUAGGUAACCGUGGUCGAAAGUUGGCAAUGCAUUGUUUUAAAAUUUGACAGCAACGGUAGGCAGUUUUUAUUUGAGUCAAGUGGUUCGAGCAGGCUGGAGAGCUGGCCGAUGACUGAUUAUUGUGCUAGAUGUCUUUCAAGUGGUGGUUAACAAUAAUAUAAUCGUUUACGUAUUGGUGUACUAUUAGUUUUGCCCUAGCGUUGUAAUACAUUUAAUUGUUAAGUUCGACAGGACGACAUGCUUAUGCAUCAAUACAUAGUUAGAUCAAUGUAUACCUAUUUUAAUUCUGUGUAAUGGACACCAGUAUUUUAUAUGUAUAAGAGGCACCUUGUCAGCGAACACAGUUGGUAGUAUUCCCUGCAGUGUGUUGAUCGUUUGUAGGUAAAUAAAUGUAUUUGUGCUAUGCUUUGUUUUCGAGAUGGCUAUCGGGAGCAGUAAGCGAUUGGU